AUGUCUAUAGCUCCGAUCAUUACCUUCAAAGCGGGUAUCUGUGACCUCGAGACGUCCGGUGAAACCUCCGUCGUCAAGCCCAAGCCCACCCCCGGUUACAUCUAUCUCUACUCCGAAGAUGAGCUGGUACACUUUUGCUGGCGCCCCAGAUCUGCUCCCCACACGGAACCCGAGCUCGACCUGGUAAUGGUUCCCUCAGAUGGAUGCUUUGUACCUUACAAGCCUGUCGACAGCACAGCACCUACCAAUGGUCGUAUCUACGUCUUGAAGUUCUCCUCCAGCUCCCAACGGUACCUCUUCUGGCUACAAUCCAAGUCUCAGCACGAGGACGGAAACCCGAGCUGGUUCAGCCAAAGAGAUCUUAAGCUAGGAGAGAUUGUCAACGGGCUGCUCCAGGGUGAAGAUGUGGAUGUAGAGCAUGAGAUCGCCAACCUUCCUCGAGGCGGUCCCUCGGGCGGCGAUGACGACGAGACUAUGGAAGAUGUUGAAGGCGUGGACCAUGACCCCAACCACAACCAUGGAGGGAACAGUGGAGGAGCAGGCCCAGAUGCGACUGGCGGUGAUGUUCGGGCGGAAGGCCAAGGAUCGAGGGAGGGCGGUGCCGAUGGUGGAAGAGCGGCCGCCGCUGACUCGGAUCCUUCAUCUGUCGUGCAGAGCUUCCUGCAGUCGCUGCAUGGGGGCUCGCGGCAUUCCCAAGACCCCGAGAGACCUUUCACUACUCUGCAAGAUCUACUUACAACCUCGACUACAUUGCCCUUCUUGGAAUCUGCGGACGAACAAACGGUUGACAAUCUCCUGAGCUUCCUGCCGCCGUCGCUGCUUCUCCUGGCGCAGGACAAUGAUCUCGAGGAAGCCGCGGCAGCUGAUCAGGACCCGGACAUCGCUCAAGCCGCCCUGGGAUCCCUUGAACUGACACAGAAGAAGGAGAUUCUGCGCAAAGUUCUACACUCACCUCAAUUUGCGCAGAGUCUAGCAAGUUUGACGAUGGCGAUCAGAGAUGGUGGAUUACCGAGCAUCAGCGAGGCUCUAAAAAUUCCGGUUGCAAAUGGAGGAUUUAUGCGUAGAGGAGGGGUUCCAUUGGGUGGUGGUGAUGCUGUUGAGGCAUUCCUCCAAGGCGUUCGGGAUCAUGUUAAGGAUUCGGCUCAAGGAAACCGUAUGGACACCGAUUGA